ACCCAUCAUAUCAUGGACGACGGCCUCGAACUCAACUUUGCCGCGCCGUCCGGCGACAGCCUUCGGAGACAGCUUGCGCCGAAGAAGGGCGGGCGCUGGACUGACCGCGUGAAGGCGAAGCAAGCCGCACGGCGGGUUGUCAAGGCGCACGAGAGCGGCAGGGAGCCACCAAGCCGGCCGCAGCAGCUGCAGACCUCUAAGCCAUCAGUCGUAAGCAAGCCCGCACCUCGCUCCGAGGUCGUCACUCCGACAUACGCCAAGACCAAGCCAGUCGUGCGACCUACCAAGCCGGCGCCGCAUGCCCCCAUCAUCCCAGCCCCUAAGAAGGCAAAGGUGCAGGGCGACCCCCAGCCCGACUCGUCUCCAGAAGCCGGUCCGUCGCGUCUGCCCAUGGAGGCUGCGUCUUCCAUUCAGGCCGCUGUCGCGCCCAAGGGCUCGCAGAUCAUCUCCUCUCUCUUCACCGGCAACCCCCACCUUCCGCGGGUGAAGGCCUCCGAGGCUGCCGUCGGAGCCCCCUCCAACGCGCCGCUGGACACCACCACGUUCAAGGGUCUCGGUCUCGACCCUCUUCUUGUGCAUCACCUCCAAAACAAGAUGGGCAUCAAGGCGCCGACCGGCAUUCAAAAGGCCUGCCUGCCUUACAUGCUCGCCCACCCUCUCGACAUCGACGCGCGUGCCGAAGCCGACGACAACGACUAUGAGUUACAAGGGCAAAAGGACGUUCCUGUGUCGACAGGGCCGCGCGAUGUCUUCAUCCAGUCGCAGACUGGUUCGGGUAAGACGCUGUCCUUUGUCCUCCCAAUCAUCCAGGCCCUACUCCCGCUCUCGAAGCUGUCCUACAUUGACCGCUCGAUUGGUACACUAGCGAUUAUCCUCGCGCCGACGCGCGAACUGGCGCAGCAGAUCUCGAAAGUUGUUGAGAGCAUUCUCACCAUGUCGUUGUCAUUGCGCGACGAGGAGGACAGGGGAUACACGCGUUGGCUUGUCUCAGGGCUACUCGUCGGAGGGGGGACAAGGACGCACGACAAGGCGCGCUUGCGUAAGGGUGUCCCGAUCCUGGUUGCGACACCCGGCCGUCUCCUCGACCACCUGCAGAACACGAGCUCUUUCCAGUGCGCCAAGACGAUGUUCCUUGUACUCGAUGAAGCAGAUCGCCUCAUGGACCUGGGUUUCGAGGAGACGAUUCAGGGCAUUCUCAAGGCAUUGGAUGGACGACGCCGGAACGAGAUCAACGCUGAGCGCGAGGGCGAGGCAGGCAUGAUGCGCUGGCCUUACUGGAGCCGCGGGAGGCAAACUGUGCUCUGUUCCGCGACUGUGGACGCCAAGGUCGAGCGUCUUGCGGGCAUGACCCUCCGCGACCCCGUCACGUUCCGUCCCAGCGAGAAGGAGAAGCGCCAGGACGUCGCCGUCAUUAAGGCUCUGGAAGCAGCAGCCGAGAUCGAGAUUCCGGACGCCGACGAGAAGUUCACGCCUCCGUCGCAGCUAGCGCAGCGAUACGUUGUCGCGCCAACAAAACUUCGACUAGUCACGCUCGUCGCACUGCUCCGCUCACUCGUGAGCAAGGCCAAGGUUGAGGCCAGUGAGGAUGGAACCAAGGUCAUUGUGUUCCUCAGCUCGACCGACGCAGUCGACUACCACUUCCGCCUGCUCGCAGGCGUGACGAUGGGUGCACCGGCGCCGGCCGCCGCCGAAGAUGAAGAUGACGAUGACGAGGAGCCAGAAAGUGCCGACGAGGAUUCUGACGCCGGCACCGAGCAGCCCAAGCCCAAGCCCAAGAAGGCUAAAGCCAAAGCCAAAGCCAAGCCUGACUCUGACACCGUCACCCUCCACUCGGCACUGUUUCCAAAGACGACUGUUCACAGACUGCACGGCAGUCUGCCUCUCAAGACGCGUCUCGCCUCGCUCAAGGCGUUUGCGAUGCCGUCUCCGGAGCCGUCUAUUCUCCUCGCGACGUCGGUCGCGUCCCGUGGUCUUGACUUGCCUCUCGUCCGCGCUGUCGUCCAGUACGACCUGCCUACUGAGGGCGGCGCGAGCGAGUACGUGCAUCGCGUUGGUCGUACGGCUCGUGCGGGUGCGGGAGGUGAGGCAUGGGCGUUCGUCGCUCCCGCCGAAGCGGAGUGGGUGCCUUGGGUCGAAGGCAAGAUGGGCACUGCGAGUGCAUCCAAGGGCGAGGAUGGAAACGUGCGGUUGCAGCAGGUCGGCGUGGAGGAGGUGUUGAGGAGAGGCUUCGGUGGGCGGGGACAUGAGUACGAGGCUCGUGCCACCGACGUGCAGCUCGCUUUCGAACGAUGGGUGCUAGGUGACGACAAGAACGCGGCCAUGGCUCGCAAAGCCUUCGCCUCUUUCGUGCGCGCUUACUCGACACAUCCUCUGGAAGAGCGCCGUUUCUUCCAUGUCAAGUCUUUGCACCUGGGCCAUCUCGCGAAAGCUUUCGCGCUCCGUGAGGCGCCAGGCAGCAUCGCGGCCACCUCUAAGCCCAAGAAGGAGAAGGCCAAGCUGCCGGGCGGGAAGCGCAAGCGCGCCGACUCGGACGACGAGGAGGAGCGCAAGGGCGGCAAGGAGCUGACAGCGCGCAACGAGACCGAGCGGCGCAUGUACGAGGCUGUGCGAAAGCAGGGACGUCUCGUCAAGGCUGGUGGUGUGCUCGCGGCGACAGGCGGCGACUUCCAGGUGGCGGAUACGCGUGCACUGGAGAAGAUGGUGUCGAAGCGGCGCUAGCUAGUUCAGAUGUAUUGGUACUAUUCGGCAGU